AUGAGUACAAAAAUUCAAAGCGGUAAUUAUAAAAAAUAUAACAAACCGAAAGGUUUGAAUAAAGAAAAGAGUAAAUACCUGAGAGAAAAAUUUCAAGAAUUGGCAGUUCAAGUCAUGCAAAAUAAGGAUGGUGAUGGAAGGAAUUCGGAUGAAAAUGAAAAAAAAUUAGAAAUUCCAGAACAAAUAGAAAAUACAUUAAAUUUAUCAAGUACUAAUAUGAUAAAAAUUCCUGAUUCACUAUUAGAUAAAGUCAAUAAUGUCGAGUAUUUGUAUCUUGAAGGAAAUAAACUUAAUUCCUUGCCAGAUGAUUUUUUUGAAAAACUUUCAUCAGUUAAAUGGGUAGAUUUAAGAAAUAAUUGUUUGACUUCACUUCCAACAAUUGGAUUAAAAAAUCACAAUAGUCUGGAAAUUUUACUCCUUCAAGGAAAUCAAAUUAGAUAUCUACCACCUGAAUUAGGUACGGUACCUAAUCUCAAAGGUUUACAAAUAACAGGGAAUCCUUUGACAAACGUACCUUCAAAUGUUAUCGCCAAAGGAUUUUCUGAAAUUUUAAAUCAUCUAAGAAAAAUUCAAACAUCUCUUGAUGUUAUAAAUGGCGAAACAGAAAAAACAAACACAUAUCAAAAUGAGGAUGAUGAAGAAAAUGGUGAAGAACAAAAUUAUAAUUUGACAAAUACUUAUCAGAAUCAAAUUUCUGAUUGGAGUAAAUUAUCACAAUGGCGACCAUUUAUAACGAAAAAAUUUAAAAACGUUACAAACGACAUAAGUAACAGUUGUAAAAGUGAAAAAUCAAAUCAAAAUAAGGGAAAAAUUUCAGUGACAGUACGCACUUGUCCAAAACCUGUGACAAAAAUUAAACCUUUUAAAUGUGAUAGUUAUAAUAAAAAAAAACACAAAAACCUUAGGGUGUCUUCGAGUGGUAUUAAUGCCAAAAAAACUAGGCUUGGAUAUAAGAGAAAACCCAUAACUUUAGCUGAUAUCGAAGAAAAAUCUAAAAGGGAAGCUCAGUUGGAAGUUAUGAGAGAAAUUUUAGAAAAUCAAGCUAGAAAAAUUCAAAGAAUGAAAGAUAAAAAUGCUUUACAGGCUUGGAGAGAUCAUGCCAGGUUUACAAAAGAACAGAUAGCUUUAUUAGAUAACUAUCAACAAUAUCCAUCAAAAGGUUAUGCUAAAAAUAUACCUUAUGAUAUUGAUCCAGAAUUUUUAAAUAUGCUAAACAGAGCAGAUUUGUAUAGGAAUUCAAAUGGUAAAAAAUCUACAAAUAUUCGAAGGCCAAAAGUUAAAAUUUCAGCACGCGAUCUUGAAUUACAAAUGAAUGAAAUAGUUAAUAUGCUUCAAAAGUUAAACACCGAAGAUGACCAAAUUUCCUCUCCAAGAACCAAACGAAGUCAUACCUGUCAUAAAAUCUCCAAGAUUCAGGAAAUACAAAAAACUCUUCAAAAACUUCAAAAUUUAAACUCUUCGAUGGCUGGGUUAAGAACAUAUGUAAAGGCCCAAGCCAAGAGUUUAUAA